AAGAUUGUCCUUGGCCAGGAGCCGUAAGGCGUCCUCGUGAAGCCUGCUGGGAAGUGUAGUUCUAGCUGGGGCUCGCGGGCGGCGCACUACGCAGGUGCAGAUGCUGGAGGCGUUGGUUUGAGGCGGCUGCUGCUGGACCUAGGCGGCUUCGGGGGGACAGGGACCACCGAGGGGGGAGGCGGUGUUGGAGGCUGAGGCAGGGUUGAACACAACAGCCCCAGCCACUGUCUAGGGCUUUGUUUGCUACAUAGGAAGAGCAGCUCUUCACUGGGCCGGGGUUUUGUGAAUACUUCCUGGUACAUGGAAACAUACCCUGAUGUUCAUGCUAGCAGAACUGAGGGGGAAUCGACAGUUCACUUAGAUGUGAGGGCCCAGAGACUUGAUCUGCAGAAGCAGCUUGGCCUUGCAGCACAGAAGAGUUAGCAAAUCUGAGUCACCAAAAUCAGUGCAUGUUUCGAAGAUUCCAAGGGAGAACUGAGUUCCCCAGAGAUGGCUGGACAGGAACCUUGAGGUUACCAGCUGCCUUUGAUUUCUUGUGAGUCCUGUUUCUUUGGCCUCAGCCUUUAUGACCAAUGAAGACAGAAGCCUUGAUUUUUCAGCUGUCACGUAUGGCUUCUGGAUUUCUGGCCUUGCCAGAAAUUUUGUACUGAGCCGUAUUGUACUGAGUUCCCGAGGCUUUCCUGAAGGAGUACUCUUGAGACAUGAAUGAAGGAGCUUGCUGUCCCCCUAAUGGAGAAGAGAGAGAAGAUGAACAGGUUAUGAGGACUUCUGUUGAGUCCUCUCUACAAAUUGGUGAGCAAGACAGCUUCCUUCCAGCCAUCAGAUGUGUACCUAUCUCUGCUCUGAAGCGCCAGACCGUCCUCCAGGCUCUGACCCAGGAAGGCAGUGGAUUGGAGCCAGCUGCUGCAGGUGAUAGUGUGGAGGUGCUCAGAGCCCAAGAGGAAUGGGAAGCCGUGGAAAACAUUCAGGCAGGAGCAGGCGGUUGGCAGAGCCCAGACACACCCAGGCAGCUGAUUUCCUUCGAUGAGGCCCUCCAGCACUUCCAGGCAGCUGACCUUUCCAUUUGCAGGGAGAAGGUCCGGUCAGCAGUUUCCCAGAGAGGGCUCUCUGCUCUCUUUCGCUGCCUCUUUGGGCCCCCCCAGCUGCACGAUGGCCUGCAGGAAGAACGGGAUUUAAUCCUGGCCAUUGCCCAGUGCAGCCUAGAUCAUGAAGACCCCGUGCACAGCCGUGUUCUUCAGACCAUCUAUAAGAAGCUCACGGGUUCCAGAUUUGACUGUGCCCUGUAUGGAGCCCACUGGGAGGAGCUGGGCUUUCAAGGAUCAAACCCAGCCACAGACCUUCGAGGGGCAGGCUUCCUGGCCCUCCUGCAUCUUCUCUACCUUGUGAUGGACUCAAAGACCCUUCUGCUAGCCCACGAAAUUUUCCGGCUUUCCCAGCACCACACCCAGCACUUUCCCUUCUGCGUGAUGUCGGUAAACAUCACUCGAAUAGUGAUCCAGGCCCUUCGAGAAGAGUGUCUCUCCAGGGAAUGUAAUCGGCAGCACACGGUGAUCCCUGUUGUGAAUAACCUGUAUGCAGCCACCUUCCUCCGCCUUGCCUACAUCUGGAGGACACAGCAGAAAACCAUUCUAGACUCCAGCUUUGUUCUUAAAGACCUGGAAAUACUGGCCAAAAAGAAUCCAAAACAGCUGCUCAGGAGCCUGGACACCUACUUGACCAAAGGGACCAAAAGGCUGUCUCGGAUGGGGUUGUCAGGAGCACAGAAUGUCUCUGGAUCACAGGACACCCACCCCAAGAACCUCACCUUCACAGGAGUAUGCGACCUACAGCUAGACACAACAGAGAGAGUGCAGGCUGUUUGACUCGAGAAGCCCCAAGAUUCGGAUACCAGAGAUUGGAGAUCCUGAGGAGCCCAUGCGGGCCAUCACCUAGGAAUAGCUUGGGUAGGCCUGCUCAGCCCUCUGCUCUAUUGGUGACGUAUAGCUUUUGGUGGGAGAAUCCUGGCUGUGGGUCAGAUCCAUGGGAUGCACAGGCAUCCUAACUUAGAAAUGGCCCCACUCCAUGGAGUUUGUAUACCCAAUCAGUUAGUACUGCAUGGCUCCUGCUUCAAAAUUCGGCAGAGAUGAUGGGUGGUUUUAAGCUUUCGCUUUGCAGAAUAUUUGUGUGAAGGAUGGGGAGAAUUGAGGUAAGAGACAUGAACUUAUGAUGAAGAACAGACUAACGGAAGACUCAUUCCCUGGGCAUAAGAGCCUUUCAGGCUCUCAUUGAUUAGGAGCAAAAUUAGUUUGAGCCUGAAGAGAAGCAGGCUAGAAGAAGAGAAGAAAAAAGGUAGUAAUAGCAGCCACCCCAGGAAACAGCACCAGUCAGCAGAAGCCUGGCCCGAGGGAGGCUUGCCUUAGGGCACCUUCUGCUCCUCUGUCUGUCAGAACUGAGUGGCUCCUCCAGGCCAACGCCCCUGCCCCUGUGCGCCACCCCAUACCUGCCACCUUCGGGAUUCAGAGAUGGGGCUACAAAUGGUCAGGCAGGGGAAGGACCAGAGUUCACACAAACAGUUUUCAAAUAAAAAAAGAUUGUCUAAGUUU